ACGAAGAUCAUCGAGACAACAGAUGAGUGUAUUUGGUUUGACGAAACUUUCCAGUGGCCGGUGGCUCGGCCGAUUGAGAAAGAUGAAUAUAUCGACAUACAACUGUAUAACUAUAACAAGUACCUCAGCAAUAGAUUGAUUGGUGUGUUCCGUAUGAUACUACAGGAGCUGGUAGAAGUUGGCAAUGUGAAAAUAUCUGACAGUUUACUCGAUGCAAAUAAUGUUGUAAUGAAGACAAGUUUGACAUUCGAACUUACAUACAAUGCUCCGGAUGGUUCGGUUGGGAUGUGGCAGAGGGGAGGAUUUGAACCUAUCAAGAAUGAAGAACUACGCGGGAUCCUCACCGAGGAGGAACAGAAUCAGCUAAAUAUAGAUCGUCAGUCUAUUCACAGUAGUAUGAAGGAAGGGGCAGAGGAUAGUGCAGGUGACGUAAUCGAUGGCGAUGAAGAUCGGGAAUCCCUCCACUCGAGCAAUAGUAAAUCUUUGCUCGGAUCACGUCUCAGUAUUUCAUCCAAAACCUCAGGAGGAAAAUCACCGAAAACAAUGAGGCAGCUCGGAACUGUCAUGAAAUUUAUGUUAGCCAAACAACGAGCCUCAGGGAUGGAAGACAGGGAUGAUAAACAAACACUCAUUGAUGAGAUGGAAUCAGAUGCCAGUUUGGAUGCGAAGGCAGCUGAGGUUGCCUCCAUGUUGUCCAGGGUGGCAGGUGAGAAAGAGAUGGACUAUGACCAGGCCAGUGAGACCUCAUCCAUCAUGGCAAACAGCGGAAUUAAAAGAAAAGCCAAAUCUCAAAGCGUAGAGUCUGUGGCAUUGAAGGCACAGGACUUUCAGGUGUGUAUCACAGUGAUAGAAGCACGGCAGCUUGCAGGAUUGAACAUGGAUCCUGUGGUAUGUGUACAAGUUGGAGAUCAAAAGAAAUACACAAGUGUGAAGGAGUCAACUAAUUGUCCGUAUUAUAAUGAGUACUUUGUAUUUGACUUCCACAUGGCACCAGCAAUGUUAUUUGACAAAAUCAUCACACUAACGGCUAUGCAUUCCCGAAAUUUUCUCAGUUCGGGCAAGAAGAUUGGUUGCUUCAAAUUUGAUGUGGGAACUGUUUAUUCUAAGAUGGAUCACCAGUUUUACCAUAAAUGGGCGAUGUUAAUGGACCCUGAGGACAUGAGUGCAGGGGUCAAAGGUUAUCUCAAAUGUGAUAUUGCUGUAAUCGGCAAAGGUGACUCUGUCAAGGUUCCACCAAGGACAGAUAAAGAUGAUGAUGAUAUUGAAGCCAAUCUUUUGUUACCUGAUGGGGUACCGGCUGACAGACAAAGAGCAAACUUUACUGUCAAGAUUUACCGAGCAGAGGGGCUGCCAAAAAUGAACACCAGUGUAAUGGCAAGUGUGAAGAAAGCCCUGACCGGGGAAGGAAAGGACCUUGUUGAUCCUUAUGUUCAAGUUUCAUUUGCGGGGCAUAAAGGCCGCACAAGUGUGAAGAAAGGGUCAUAUGAGCCACACUGGAAUGAACAGCUCGUGUUUUCCGAGAUGUUCCCGCCCCUGUGUCGACGAAUCAAGAUUCAAUUGAAGGACAGUCACAGAGUGAAUGAUGAUAUUAUAGGAACCCACUACGUGGAUCUCGCCAAAAUAGAAAACGAGGGAGAGAAAGGUUUUGUUCCCACAUUUGGUCCUUCCUGGAUCAACCUGUAUGGUUCGAUUAGAGAUUAUCAUUUCCUUGGUGAGCACAACCAUUUAAAUGAUGGCCUGGGUGAGGGUGUGUCUUACAGGGGGCGUGUCUUAGUUUCUAUCAAGACAGAUAUAUUAGAUGCCAUGGAAGGGGGACCAGCAUCUGUUGAAGUGGAACCAACCAUGCCUCUGCCUGAUAACGCUACUGGUCGCUAUGAGGAGUAUUUCUUGUUUGGUUGUUUCCUGGAGGCCUCAAUGAUUGAGAGAAAGAUUGGUGAUAAACCUGUACAUUUUGAGAUGAGUAUCGGUAAUGCGGGUAAUGUAUUAGAUGGUUACAACCCGCCAACAAGACGUGACUCGUCAAGUGAUGAUACGUCGGAAGAGGAGGAAGAUGUGCAGGAAGAUCAUCCUGAUGGUUCCCGGCCUGCUGAUGCCCCAAAAUGGUACAGCAACACCUCGCCACUGAAGCCUACAACCAGAGAUAAAGUAUACUAUCACUUACCAUUCUAUGAGGAGAAACCGUGCGUGUAUGUGAGGGAGAUGUUUGAGGAUCAUAGACGGAGGAUGUACAACACAAAUAUCCUCGAAAAAAUUGCAGAAAAACUGGAAGAUGGAAUAGCUGAAGUGAAUGAGAUGAUAUCACAGGAACAGCCAUUUCCUGAAAAACGUUUACGAGGGGUGUUUGAGGAGUUAGGUGCAGCAUGUUCAAAAUUUGUCUCCCUUGUAAAAGGAACCGGGGGAGGAGGGUCGGCUGGUAAAACAAGACUUGAUAAAGAACGGCAUAAAUUAUUAGUCAGGGAACUUGACCAGAUGUCGACAUUGUCUCGGACCAUGAAGGCCACUACAGCAAAGAGCAACCUGAAAGAUAAAAUACGCUCAGCAAUGCAGUAUUUACAGAAAAUUAAAGGUCUUAUGCAAGAGCCGCAGCACGCAUUACCGGAUAUAUUUAUAUGGCUAGUGAGUGGUAAUAAAAGGAUCGCCUACCAAAGGCUACAAGCUCGUGAUAUUGUUUACUCCAUUGUGGACGAGGAAUGUGGCAGAGAUUGCGGAAAAGUGAAAACUCUUCUGCUUAAGUUACCAGGAAAGAAAGCUAGCAGCCAAGCAGGUUGGUCAAUCCAAGCCAAACUUCAAGUUUACCUGUGGUUAGGCUUGAGUAAACACAAGAAAGAUUACCUGGCUGGUUUACCACAUGGCUAUGAGGAGAGUAAGCCACUGAAACUGUCCAUCAAACCUCAGUGUGUGCCCCCGCCUCUUAUAUCCUAUACAGAGAAGCAGGUGUUCCAAUUACGAGGUCACAUGUAUCAAGCGAGAAGUUUGAUUGGUUCAGAUGCCUCGGGACUGUCGGAUCCAUUUGCUCGUAUAGCGUUUGGAGACCAGUCUGUAUGUACCCAGGUGAUAGAGGAGACACUCAGUCCGACGUGGGAUGAGAUGUUGAUUAUACACGAGGUCACGAUGUACGGUCUGAUGCAAGAGAUCGCAGAGAGCCCGCCAACCAUUAUUGUCGAGGUGUUUGAUCAGGAUAAAGUG